UCGCUGCAGUCGGCAAAGGGAAAAGGGAGGCAUUGCAUUUGUGUUGGAAUAAAAAGCAAGAUUUCUUUUGUUUCUUGCUGUUUAUUUACAAAAUAAAAGUUGAGAAUGGGGUGUCGGUGAUCCAAGGAAGAAAGUGCAAGUGGAAAUUCUUGCUGCAUUUGGGGAAAAUCGUGAGAAAAUUGGAGUUUCCGGGUACAAAGAUUUGACACUAAAUAGUUGAUUGUGUGAGAAAAACAAAAGAGAUGUCCGGGAACUUUGGUCAGGAUAUAACAGAUUUUCUUCUGGACGAGACUGAGACAGAAGUCUGUCCGGUAGAAUUCGAGGUGGUACCUCUUGAGGCUUCUGGCCCCAAAUGUCCCAUGAUGUUGCACUUGCACCAGGAAUGGCUGGAGAAGAAGAUGAAGCAGGAAAGGAAACCUCCAUCAGAUGAGAAUCCAGAAGUUGCUGGAAUCCGAGAGACGGAAAGGGAGAUUUACAAAGAGCUGAGUAAGUUUGAGAAUCGCCUGGCUUACACCAGCAAUUUGCCUCUAAAGAAGCAAUCGGUGUUUGAGGAUGAAGAUGUUACAAUGAGCAAGCAACUUCCUGUUUUACUCGGAAAAGAAUACUUCAAAUUUCAAUCGGAUUCUGAUGCUUCCAGCACAAGGACAGAUGUCACGGAACUUGAAGAGAGGGAAACUGUCCUUCCGAAUAAGCCAUCCAAAGAACUUUAUUUAAAUUUUAGCCAUAAUAACAUUAAUUAUUCCUUCCCUUUUACCAAUUAAUUCCGUGGCGAUUGCAAAAAGUGAGAUAUAAGGAUCUUACCUGAAAUAAUUUUAAAUUUUAGAUAAGGGGAUUUAUUUUAUUGACAGCAAAGAUUUUUGCUCUUUUUCGGGCAAGAGCGUUCGGUUCUAGGGCGGUGAGAUCCGUGAGAUCUCUGGCUUGACCGUAGCAGAUGUAAGUUCAAGUCCCACUCCGUGCAAACCGAAUUAAAAUUGUAAAUUGAAUAAUGUACAAAAUGGCAAAAAUAGUCCGCUACAAUAUUCUCAAAAAAAAAAAAUAAUAAUAAUAAUAAUAAUAAAAUAAAAUAAAGCAGGAAUUGGAGCAUCUUAAGGGCUUUAAAGCUCAAAUAGACUCAGAGGCUGAUCCUCGAGAAUAUUUAACCUGUAAAAUUUGGCAGUAAGGAUUUAUCCCAAAGUAUCAUACACUGAGGACAGGAUCAUCGAUUAGAGGUCCUUUACUGCUAAAUUUUACAGGCUAAAUAUUCUCGAGGAUCAGCCUGAGUAUAUUUUAGUCAUCACAAAUCGGGAUUAAACUUAAUCCUUAUUUGAUUGUUUUCUAGACUAAACCAAGGACUAUCUUCAACAAAAAUUCUAGCUAAGACACAAUCUAACGGUUAAGACAAAAGUGCUUUGUGGUACAAAUGUGAAACAUCAAUGUAAAAUAGUUUUAAUUUUUACGAACAAUUUUAAAAUCAAACCUUCAUGGACAUUUUAGAACUAAAAUUAUAACAAUGAGUAAAUGAUUUCGUAAUUCCUUACGAAAUCGGUUAUCGAAUUUUGAAAUCGUGGACAAUUUAUAAUUUUUUAGCCUAUAAAAUUUGUAAAAAGACAUAUAAAGUGACGAAGAAGACGAGAGGAUGUAAGCAGUGCAAUUACAUGUUCGAUUUUAUAUUAAAAAAAAAUGCUGCAAUAAAAAUAUUUUAAAGCUCAAA